UACCUCUUUUGUUCUUUUUAUUAUUAUUUUUUUGACUAUUAUUAUUCACUAUUUGUAAACACCAUGUUCUCUUAUAUAAGAAGAUUGUUUGAACAACUGCAAAAGUCAAGGUGGAUUCAAAUAUACUUUGGACUCGUAAUUCUUCAGACGGUCUUGUCAGUACCCAUUUUAGUAAAAACCUUGCGGAACACUGAAUACAUAAAUAAUCAUACAGAAGAGAUAUUGGAUAUAGAGAAUAAAGACGCCCUGUUUGGAUCUUAUUUUGAUUUAAAGGGUCAUAGAGUCAUUUACGAAAAUGUGUUAUUUAUAGCCUACGAAACUUGGCGACUGUGGAUGUUAACCGAUGGGAUUGUUCAUUUAAAUUCUUUAACCAUUUUGGCCUCAGCCUGGUUUUCGGUUUUUUCAUGUGCCUUCAACGUCAUGCUUAUUUUUGAGUCAAUAAAAUGGUUAGCGACGGAUGACAACCCUUUAAAAAAAGAAAAUUUACACUUUCAAAUUGGGUUGACAGUCGCCUUCUUUGUCCUUUCCGUACCUGUCAUUCUCUCCGCUUACAAGUCAUCGAAAAUCAUUGGAUGGCAGGUUUAUCGAAAGAUUGGUAGUAGUAUUGAUCUUCAAAAUAUGUAUCACAAUGUGCAAAGAUUCGCAUUAGUGCUUAAAGUAGACAUUUUCUUUCAAGUCAUGUUGUUAAUAGGUGUAGCUAUCAUUACAGGCCAUUUGAUCUUUUGUAUCCUUGCAUUAGUCUUGGCUGUUUUAAUAGCAGUCGGUUUAUUUAUUUCAAGAAUCGCAAUUACUAGAGAAAGUCGUUGGUUAAUGUACAUGUUUUUAUCUCUUCAAUUGGCUUUAUUGGCUUGUAAUCUUUACUGUAUUAUUGGAUUGUUUGAUUAUGAUGACCUGUGGAAUAUCGGAAUAAUCUAUUCAUUCGCAUCUAUUUUUUCUGUUGUGGCCACUAUGUGCCUGGCUAUCAGGUGUCAACUUAAUUUCGGUCAAGGUUUAAAACCAUUUGUGAAAUGGUAUCCGUUUCAAAAAAAGAAAAGAUCCGAUGACGACGGUUUGAACGGUACAGAAGUUGGAUUGAUUAAUAAGGCACCACCAAUUGAAGAUGAUGACGAUGACAGCCAAUAUAGAAAAGAGUCGGAGGACUCGGAAGGAAGAUUUUAUGCUAAUAAAAUUGGCCCCACCUCCUUAGAACGUGUUGAUAAUUUGCCAUAUCAGGUCAAGACAGAUCGCUACUUGGGUAACAAUAAAAUAAACACCAUCGAGAUAAAAGACCCUAAAAAACCCAAACCUAUUGUCCCAAGAGUGGCCAUGCAAGCAAUCAACACAAACUCACUUGACUCGAAUAGAAUCAUUGCCAGUCCAGUAAAACCUCUCACGUCAGAUUCUGACAUUUCAGAAAGACCUCCUUCCUACACCACUGAAACAUUGACAACGACAAUAACAACAACAAUAUCAUUACCUCAAUCUGAAAAGUGGCUGUAAGCAGAUAUUGUAUCUAUCAAUAUGGAUGAUGCAUGUGUAAAUUUAUUGUAUACUGAACAAACAAACAAAAAAGGAAGAAAAAACCAAAAAAAAACCAAAAAACUUGUGUCUACCCUGUUUAAAUGAAAUAAAAUAAAAACUUAAAAAGUUGACUUUUAC